AUUUACAACAAUUGUAUACUUCCUGUUUUGAGUGGGAUGUGUGGCAAAGUUGUAAAGAUGUUUAAAAGUUUCUUUUUCUCUGUAUUUGUGUGUGUCCUUUUAAAUUUGACGUUAUUUGUACAUACUUUAGAAAUAGACCUAACGGUAGACGUAAAACCAGGCUAUGAAGAGUGCUUCUUCGAGGAGAUUAAGAAACCAACGAGUUUGGAAAUUGAGUAUCAGGUAAUAGAUGGUGGUGAUUUAGAUAUCAACUUCAUGGUGACGUCGCCUCAUGGUAGAAUCAUGGUAUCAGAGCUUCAGAAAUCGGAUGCAGUUCACAAGCUUGAUGCCACAGAGAUUGGUGUUUACAAGGUUUGCUUUGACAACUCAUUCAGUCAUUUUGCAAGAAAGCUGGUCUUCUUUGAAAUCAUGGCUGGUGAUGAUGAUGAGGACGAAGAAGAUGAUCUAAAGAAAGACUGGAAGGCGGCUCAGGAGGAGCUGUCGUCUAUUGUAGACAUGACUCUGGAAGAUUUCAAGAGAUUGCUGGAUAAUGUUAACAAUAAUCUGGAUAAAGCUAGCUCUGAUCAGCAAGUCCUGAGGAACUACGAGGCUCGAGAUCGCAACCAACAGGAGAACAACUUCCAGCGCGUGAACUUUUUCUCUGGAGUACAAGUGUUUAUAAUGUUGUCUGUAGCUCUAACCCAAGUCCUUCUCAUCAGGAGUUUAUUUGAUGAUAAAAAGAGAGUACAGAUGAAAGCCAGUACCUAAUGAUUAUUUUAACAAUAGAUUAUUUAUAAGGUUAUGUAGGUUUCAAACAGUUACUCAAACAAUGGAAAUCAUUUUGAGGUUGGUUUGAGGAUUUUCCAUAAAACUUUUGUACACUUUCUUUAUAAAAAAAUAAUUUAAAACAAAACUGAAGACUAGUCAUAAACAAAAAAUCAUUCUUUUCUCUUUAUGUAAACAAAGAUUGAGCAACUCACUACAUUUCAAAAAUAAUUUUAGAACUAGAUAUCAUAAUUUGUAAUAAUCAAUUUCUACUAGUUGGUGAAAUGAAAUAUUAAAUGAUAACAGUAUCUGGGGACAUGGCAUUUAUAGAUGUGUUCAAUUUAUGAACAAGUUAGAAAGUGAGUCUAUUAUGUGUUCUGUCUUUCAACAAGUAUUUGUGUGAAAUAUUCAUAUUUAUAUAUAUGAACAAAUAGUGUACUAGCAAAGGUGUGAAUGAUAGAUAGGUAUAAAUCACAACAGAAAGAAACAAUUUACUGAAAAAAGUUUGUCAAUGGGGAUUUAUGUGCAGAACAUACACAAAGAUGCUGAAUGAUAAAACUCAUAUUCAUAUAUAUUCGUGUAAUAUAUAUUUUGUCUUUUAAGUUUCAGUUCAGUCAUUCACUUACUGGAAAUAUCCACUACUUAUUAUGGUCAUGAAAGUCCAACUAUUGAGCAGCUUUUAUUGGUUAUAUGAAAUGUCUCAUUAAAAUUGUACAUGUUCCAAUGAUUACAUGUAUUUGUUUAAUGAUGAGAAGAAUGUGAAUCUAUACAUCAAUGUAUUGUAAAGAAAUUUAGUUUGUAUCGCUUAUCUUAGGAAAGGAAAUCUUUUCAUAAUUUUAAUGAUAUUUUGAAGACGAGAUAUUUAUACAGAGAGAUUUUUUUCUAACAGAGCUUUGGAACAUAUUUUUGAUAAUGGUAAAUUGAAUCUUUCUUUC